GUCGAUAACGAAUAACGCUUAGUUACGCAUUUUCGAGAAUGACGCUGAACCGAGCGGUGGUGGAAAAUUAUGAUAUGCCAAACGAAAUGCAGGAGGAUGCGGUUCGAAUGGCUAUCGACGCAGUUCAACGUUACAGUGUUCCCAAAGACAUCGCUGCUCAUUUGAAACGGGAAUUCGAUAAAAAAUACGAACCUGCCUGGCACUGUGUGGUUGGUAGGGAAUUCGGCAGCUGCGUGAUGCACGAAAGCGAGCGAUUCAUUUAUUUCUAUCUGGAUGGAAAGGCAUUUAUGCUUUAUCGAUGUGGACAGUAAUAAAAAGUAAAGUGUACUAGUCAUAUUUCAACCUGAUUUUCCCAUGUACUGUUGAUCGACCGUUUGCAUAAUGUGACAGAAAUUACACAUUUG